CGCUCGCACAAGAAGCCGGAGCUUUGAACACAAGGGGGAAUAGCGUUUUCUUUAUUUUUUCUUUUAUUUGUACUCUUUUAUUCUUUCAUGUUUGGUUGUUAUUUUUCCGUGCUACAGUGAUUGAUUCGUUUUUUUUUUUUGUUUAAAACCAAGCGCUUGCAACCUGAGUGAGUAAUGUUAACGCCACAGCUCGCUCACACGGCGCUAUUUUGACAGCAUCGGGGUCGCAGUGAACCAACUCGAGCUAGCACCAAUCUAUUAGCAUUGACAAAACCUGAAGAUUCAUCUGAGUCGUGACGCGAAGCCAACACAUAGGUUAUGUCAGGUUAUGUAAGAGGCAAGGUGGAUCACUCUAUUGCUGGGCAGGAGGAGGAGAUGGUGUCUUUUCCAGGGCUCCCGGCUGAACACACACCAUGCUGCUGCACUGAGCUGGAGGCCGCGCUCUGAGGUUUCACCCCUCCCCCCGCCCAGCCGCCUUUUGCUACCCCAGCCACCUGCCCACCUGACUGCUACUCUGGGGACUUGGGCGUGCUAUGGAUAGUGCUUGUACUUGUGCCGCUGCUGAGCCCAGUACAGUCCCAUAGUAUUGCCCCUCUUCCUCUGGCUUGUGGUUCCCAUAGAGCCACAGCACCACGGACCCUGGUCUGAUACCACCUACAGCCACUCCUGGGUCCCCCACCCAACCCCCUCCCCAUUUCCCACCCUCUCCCCCUCCCCGAAGAAGAUGUCAGUGAGCCUGACUACAGACAUCCAGCAGGAGGGAGAGAGCGGGCCACUCAUUGAGCCCUGUAGUCGAGGCAAAACCUCCCCUCAACCACAGGGCACCAAGGAGCUGACAGGAGAUACCCAGGAGACUGAGGACACACUUCCACAGGAUGCACUGAAACGGGCUCCUAACCACAGCCAUGGAAGGAAAAGGGCCAAAUCUAAUGCCAAAGUGAAACUGGUACGAAGCCUUGCAGUCUGUGAGGAAUCCUCUGGUCCGUUUUCUGAUGGACCUCCAGAAUCGGAUAUUAUUCAAUUACACAUCAGCUGUCCUUCAGACAAAGAGGAAGAGAAGUCAUCCAAGGAUGAAUAUGAAAAUGAAGAAAAGGAGAAGAAGGAUAAAGCUCCACGAAAGAUGUUAUCACGUGAUUCCAGUCAGGAAUACACAGACUCUACAGGCAUCGAUGUUCAUGAGUUUUUGGUCAACACACUGAAAAACAAUCCCAGGGAUCGAAUGAUGCUGCUCAAACUAGAACAAGAUAUCCUGGAGUUUAUUAAUGACGACAAUAACCAGUAUAAGAAGUUUCCUCAGAUGACUUCAUAUCACCGCAUGUUGCUGCAUCGUGUGGCUGCUUACUUCGGAAUGGACCAUAAUGUGGAUCAAACGGGAAAAGCAGUCAUCAUCAACAAGACCAGCAACACAAGAAUCCCUGAACAGAGAUUUUCUGAACACAUUAAGGAUGAACGUAAUAUGGAUUUCCAAAAGAAAUUUAUUCUUAAAAGAGAUGAUGCCAGCAUGGACAAAGAUGAUAAUCAGAUUCGUGUGCCACUGCAGGACGGGCGGCGAAGCAAAUCUAUUGAGGAGAGAGAAGAGGAGUAUCAGCGGGUACGAGACCGGAUCUUUGCCCGAGAAGUUUCCUUCUUUCUGCAGUCCUCUCAGAACGGAUACAUAAAUGACAACAGGGGGAACCGCGAGAGCUCGAGCAGGGCGUCCAGCAGUCGCCAGAGCAGCACGGACAGCGACAUGAAGUGCCUGGAACCUCGGCCCUGGAGCAGCACCGACUCGGACAGCUCCAACCGCACUCUACGACCCCCUGUCACCAAAGCCAGCAGCUUCUCCGGCAUCUCCAUCCUGACCAGAGGGGACAGUCUGGGUAGCAACAAGGGCUCCCAAGGAAGCUGUAAAGGCUCCAGAUCUGGCCUGCCUCUAGUCAGUCCUGAUGUGUGUCCCCCACCCACAGUCUCUCAGUCCAGCCGUAGCCUACUGCCAUGCCCACCCCAGCCCCCACAGCAGCAGCCCCAGGCGCCACCUCAGACUGCCCUGCUGCCCACUCCUCCGCAGCACCCACUGAGCAACCACAUGAUCGCUCAGGCUACUCUGCAGCCCUCUCAGCCUGUCUCCUUCUCCAGUCCUUCCUGCCCCCAGGUUCUCCUGCCAGUCUCUCCUCCACAGCAGUACACAAUGGGUGAUGAACUGCCACCUCAGUUCAGUCAGAUGACUCUGAGUCGGCAGGGCUCCAGUGAAAACCCGGAGCCUCCCCAGAUUUACCAGGCCCCUCCCACAGUGCUCACUGGGCACCCCCCACCCCAGACCAGCUACAUCAUGGCCACAACGGGGCAGCCUUUACCGCCUCCAUCUGGAUACCAACCUGCCACAGGACACCCCCACCCUCCUCCACCACCACCGCCCCCAUCACAGCCAGUCAUACAAGCACCUCCCCCACCACAGGGAUACAUGGCUCCUCCGCCACCCCAGCAGAUCCAGGUGUCGUACUACCCUCCGGGGCAGUAUCCCAGCUCAGGCCAGCAGUACAGAGUGUCCCAGCCCAUGUCCCAGCCCAUGUCCCAGCCCAUGUCCCAGCCCAUGUCCCACCAGGUGUCCUACCCUGCCCAGCGCUCACAGCCCAUGGCCCAGCCCACGCAGCAGUCAGGUCUCACAUCAAUGAUGCCCAACCAGCAGCCAAGCUACCAGAGUAUGAUGGGGGUCCAGCAGCCUCAGAAUACAGGACUGCUAAACUCCCAGAGGCCACCCAUGGCUGGACAAAUGCAGAGUAUCAUGGUUCAGUAUCCACAAAUGCCCUCAUAUCCGGUCCAGGUAGCCAAUGAGAGUCAGCCGGUGGUACAGCAGCAGUACCAGCAGCAGGUGAUGGUGCCUGUGAGCCAAUCUGUCCAAGGGCCCAUGCCCGUUUACUACAGUGUUAUCACACCCACGCAGCAGAACAGCACAAGCCCCUCUGUGGGUUACCUGCAGCCCCCCAGCUCUGAGCAGUAUCAGAUUACACAGUCGCCGUCCCCAUGUAAUCCUCAACAGUUGCAACAGCAAUAUUCAGGAGUUCCACCUCCUGGUUCUGGGGUAAUGGUUAUGCAGCUCAGUGUCCCUAAUGGGCCCCAGCCAUCCCAGAAUCCUCCUCUGGUUCAGUGGAAUCCCUGUAAAUACUACAGCAUAGAGCAGCGGCCUAGCAAACCAGUAGAGCUCUACAAACCUGACAACACUCCACAGGUCACUACACAGCUGACCAGUCCCUUGGCGUCUCCCACACAGUCUCCGACUCCAUCUCCAUCUGGCAGCGUCUGUGCUGGUCUGGGGCCACUCCCACUACUAUCCCAGUUUCCCCGUCCUGGAGGACCCACACAAGGUGAUGGACGUUAUUCGUUGCUGGGACAGCCUCUUCAGUAUAGUCUAUGUCCUCCACCUUUAAUGCAUGGCCAGUCCUCCUAUAGCUCCCAUCAGGGCCAAGGAGUCAUGAAACACAGCGCAAGAGGGAAGAAGCAGACUCUUAAAUCUGCUUCAACAGACCUUGGAAAUGAUGUGGCAGCGUUAAGUCGUGUGUUGGAGGUGACAGACCUGCCAGAGGGAAUUUCACGUCCUGAGGCUGAAAAACUCUUUAACCAGCUGUCCAUGUGCGGUGCCAAGAUCCAGUGGCUAAAGGAGCCCCAGGGAGGUCGAGGGGGGCCUUCAGGAGGCGCUGCUGGACCUGGGGGGAUGAAGAUGGAUGGGAGCGACCCGGCUCACCUCUACACUGUAGUGGCAGUGUUUCCUAGCACCAUGGCCGCCCAGAGUGCUUCCUUCAAACUUAACAACAGUGGGGCCAGUCACUUCAAACUGCGGGCCGCCAAAAAGAACUAUGAUCUGCGUGUUCUGGAGAGAGCCAGUUCUCAGUGAGGGGCAGGAGAGUGUGAAAAAGACGAACUCUUGAUGGAGUGGUGGGAACGAGAGUAAGACUGGACUGCUCUUAGUGUUCUAUCUAAAAACCACAAAAGAAAAAAAAAAAAAACUUGAGUUGAUGUGUCAAAUGUACAAAAGGGAAGAAGGUGUGAAUCAUGAGGUGGCUGGUGUUUGGUUCCAAAUAUGAAUAGUUUGUUUUUAAUCAGCAUUUUUGUUCAGUAUUUAUAGCAGAAGAGCACACAAGACACGUGAGCAUGUGUUUCACUGUUGCCGUGGAGUGUGUGCCUCCAUCAUUCACCAACAACAACGUUCCCAUAGAGACACCACACAGGCAACAGGGUCACGUAGCACAGAAGACACUGGACAGUCCACCUCAGUCAGAGCCCUUCGUCCUGGCCCUCUCCAUGCAGCCAACUUUUUCUGCCUCCCUCAGCUGUCACCCAAAACAUUAUAUUUAUAAACUUUCAUACGCACAGUUGCGCACUCUCUCUGCUUUCCUGUCUCUUCUUGACCAUGUUUUACUCUGCCUCCUCUCUUUCUCACUUCCUCAGCCCCUCUCAUGUACUCCUUUCUCUGCCCCGUCCUCAAGCUUUCUGUUUGCCUUACUGCUGUUGUGGGUCUCUGUAUUGCGCUGAUAUUUUUCAGAUUUUUUUUUUUUCUUGGGAGGGGGUAUUCAAUAUAUUUAUAUAAGUGACGUAAGGAAUAAAAGAAAUCUAUAUAUUCAGUGGUUUUUCUUUCCUGAGUGAAAAGUUUAGGCCUUCCUUUCUCCUUCCUACUUCCCUGUUCAUACCUCUCUCCUCUACCUCACUCUGUCCUCUCCCACAACUCCCUGCUCCCCCGGUCGCCCCCAUUGUGUUUGCGUUUUUGUUGACAGCUGUGCAGAACGUAUCAGAAAAAGUAGUUAAAGUGCACAAUGAUUGCAUAUGUCUACUCUACUGUAAAUUUUAUUUAAUCUGUUAUUUUUUGUUUGUUUUUAAAAAUAUAAAAGUCGAGAAAAAAUAUAUUUAAA